AUGAGGAAUGGUGCUCGCAUGGAGAGCCUCGCAUACAAUUCUGGAAUUGUGACAUUUCUUCAGAAGCAAAUGAUGAUAGUCAAAGGCAUUGAUGGUGAUGAAGAGUCGAAAAGCAUUUUGCAAAGGGGAGAUCGGUUCGCUCAAAAACAUGAAAUACCCUUCUCUCUGAAGAAUUUCUACACAGUACAUGACACACGAGCAGCAGCCCAAUCAAUCUGUUUGGCGCUGCGAAACAGCAAAUGUGUAAGAAACAGAGGUCUCCAGUCCCAGAUUAAGGCAGUCAUACCAGAAAGCAUCAUCACCAAUGACAGGGAGCAUUUGCGUGACAUGCUCUCCUAUGUUCUGAUGGGCAAGGCAUGCCGCAGUGCCAGUACGGGGCUGCUGCACAAGUGGGAAGAUGCCAGAGAUAAGCAUGACAAGUGGAAAGUGCGUUGGGUAGUUCCUGAGGAAGCAGUUCAGGUUGAAGAAAAAGAGUUGGGACGAGGUGGCCAGGGAUGUGUGCACGAAUGCUGGUAUGAGGGUAAAUUGGCCGCUGUGAAACAGCCAACAUCCUACAAGAAGGACCUGCACAUUGACGAUUUUGCUGAGUUGCUCAAAGAGGCCUACUGGCAUUCAGAGCUGAGUCCCUUGCACGCACCCCAGCUGUUUGCGAUCACCAAGUCAGGCUGGAUUGUCAUGGAAUUAGCUGACAAGGACUUGCACACACUGUGCCAGGAGCAAGACAUUGGUUGGGCAAGAAAACUUCUCCUUCUUCAGAAAGGCGCGUUUGCACUGAUGUACUUUCACAGCCACCGAAUUGUUCACGGUGAUCCGAAGACCCUCAAUUUUCUGGUUUUUGAAUCCCAUCGAGAUGAAUGUGAUGUGAAGCUUGCAGAUUUUGGCUUGGCAACUGAAGAAACCGCCACAAGAUGCCUGACAGUGAGGCUUGGAGGGGGUACAGAUGUUUAUUUGGCCCCUGAAGUGUACCGCAACGAAGUGCCAACCAUGGCUUCGGAUGUCUAUGUCUUUGGCGUCAGUAUGUAUGAGGUCAUAACAGGCAAACAACCAUAUUCUGUUGAGGGUCAGCCCUUUAAUCCACAAGCCAUCAUGAUGAGGAAAGCCUUCGGACAAAUGGAACCUUGCAGCGUUGCCCUAGAGGAUUGUCCAGAGGAGAUGCACAUUCUGAUGAAGAAGAGCUGUCAAUUGGAUCCUGGGGCGAGACCAACCAUCCAAGAGGUUUAUGAUCAACUGUCAGCAAUGCCCAAGUCUUGGGUGCACGCGGGCUCAUAUGUGGAGAAGCUCACUGCAAUUGUUGAGGAGGCCGAGAAGGAGGUUGAGCAUGCUCUGUACAACAAGGAAAUGCUUCUGUUUUUGUAUCAGCAGAUGCAAAAGGUCAAGGAGAUGAAGGACAUAUCUAUCCAGGCAUCAAACGAGAGUGUCCCAGAGGCAUUCGAAUUUUUGAAAGUAAAUUUGCUUCUGGGGACGAAGCUGAUCAAGCAUCACUCGUGUGAGUUUAUUCAGCGGUGUUUUUACCCCAUCAGAGAGGCCAAACCCAUUAUCCAGAAGAUCUGCACAGACUGCAGGACUGCUAUUCACAAACUCAAAUGCAGUUCCUGCGAAGAUAUUGUGUGCAAAAUCCCGAAAAAGUGUGUGGAUGAGGAUAAACUUGCCAUGGGAAACAUUCUUGGGUACAUCUUGGGGGAAUCAGAUGCACCUUUGCAAGAUGCAUGGACAGAAUGGAAGCCAGUGAAGGACAGAAAUGCAAAGCUGUUGCACCAAAUGCAGCCCACAUGCAAUGAUGAAAUUCCCUUGCAGGAUGAGUUUGAGGAUGAUGAUGUCGAGGUCUAUGAAGCAGAGUGGGAAGGAAGCAAUGUGAUGGUGAAAUUCCAGCAUCCUACUCGUGACAGAGUUGCAUGUUUGGAGAGUUUUGCCGAGGUUUGCUCAUUCCUUGCCCUUCACGCUUGCAAGAAAAGCGCACACAUUGCCAGUGUGGUUGCUUACUCCAAGUCGGGCUCAGUGGUGCUAAAAGGGGGGGGAGCAGAUUUGGUCGGAUGGUAUCAGAACCAGAGCAAUGGUUUGUCCUGGGAGUCAAGGAUUUAUGUCAUGUGGCAAGCCUCAGCUGCGAUGGACCAGCUGCACAGUGGCCCAACUGUACUCGCCCACAGUAGAUUGAAGACCAGGUGCUUCCUUGUGGAUGACAUUGAGAAGGAAUUUCCGCAUGUCACACUCUGUUGCUUCAAGCUGGCAAGUUGCGAGCCCGAUGCCCAGAAGAUUGAGGUGCAACAGCCAACGAGGGGUGGUUGUCCGUUCGAUGCCCCAGAACUGCGCAGGGGGGAGCCUUGCACUAUCAGGUGUGACGUCUACAGCUUUGGUUUGAUUCUGUGGGAGCUCGCGGUGCAGAUGCUACCAAAUGAGAUGGACUAUCGUCACCAGGGCAUUGGUCCUGAGAAACUGCUGAGAGAGCUUCCUACUGACUGCCCUCCACAGCUGAGGUCAUUGAUCGAAAGCUGUUUGUCACCCACGCCUUCGAAGAGGCCAAGGAUGUGCGACCUGAAGAGUGAAUUGAAAGCUCUCAAGGAUGAAGUCCAAGGUCGAAAUCCUUCUGCCAUCUAA